CACCCGGACAAAAACAAGGACCCGGGAGCAGAGGACAGAUUCAUCCAGAUCAGCAAGGCCUACGAGAUUCUCUCCAACGAGGAGAAGAGGGCCAACUUUGAUCGCUACGGAGAUGCCGGGGAAAGCCAGGGCUACUCCCAGCACCAGCAUCGCCAGUUCCACCGCUUCCACGACGGCUUCUAUUUUGACGAGUCCUUCUUCCAUUUCCCCUUCAAUUCGGAGAGGCGCGACACCUCCGACGAGAAGUAUUUGCUCCAUUUCUCCCACUACAUCAACGAAAUCGUGCCGGAUAGUUUCAAGAAACCUUACCUCAUUAAAGUCACCUCGGACUGGUGCUUCAGCUGCAUCCACAUCGAGCCCGUGUGGAAGGAAGUCGCCCAGGAAUUGGAGGCGCUGGGAGUGGGAAUCGGAGUCGUUCACGCCGGCUACGAAAGGCGCCUCGCCCAUCACCUGGGCGCCCACAGCACGCCGUCCCUGCUGGGGCUCAUCAACGGGAAAAUAACCUUCUUCCACAGCGCCGUCGUGCGAGAAAACCUGCGGCAAUUCGUGGAGAACCUUCUGCCGGGGAAUCUCGUCGAAAAGGUUACAGAUAAAAACUACAUCCGCUUUCUCUCCAACUGGAAGAAAGAGAACAAGCCCCACGUCCUGCUGUUUGACCAUAUGCCAGUUGUGCCGUUAUUGUACAAGCUGACUGCCUUUGCCUACCGCGACUACUUGUCCUUCGGUUACGUCUACGUCGGACUCCGAGGCACCGAAGAGUUGUCCAGUCAGUACAACAUCAAUGUCUACACUCCCACCAUGAUGGUCUUCAAGGAGCACAUCGACAGGCCCGCCGACGUCGUGCAGGCACGAGAAAUGAAGAAGCAGCUCAUUGACGACUUCCUUUCCCAGAAUAAGUUCCUGAUGGUGGCCAGGCUCACCAACCAGAGCCAGAGGCUGUUCCAGGAGCUGUGUCCCGUGAAGAAGUCUCACCGGCAGCGAAAGCACUGCGUGGUCUUACUCAGUGGAGAAGGCGAGAAGUUUGCCGAGGCUUACGAGGCCUUUUUGACAUUUGCCGCGGCCAACACCAAAGACACGCUGAAGUUCGUGCACGUCUAUAACGACCGGCAGCCGGAGCUGGCGGACGCCUUGCUGAUGGAUGAUGAGAAGUAUCGGGGAAAAUCAGCCGUGGUCGUUUUGGAGAGACGCAACAACGCCGGGAAGAUCGCCUAUAAAACCUUGGAGGAGGCCUGGCAAGGCAGCAAGGAGGACAACUUCAUCCUCCUGGAUCUUCUGGACCAGCUGAGGACAGACCCCGGCCUUCUCUCUUCCGAGACCGUCCUGGCAGACUUGAACGACGAACUCGCUCCCAUGUUCCUUAUCCGAUGGCUCUACUCCGUGCUGGACUAUAUCUCGGACUGCUGGGACAGUUUGUUUCACAGUAACUGGCGAGAAAUGAUGCCGCUGCUGUCCUUGCUCUUCUCGGCGCUCUUCAUUCUCUUCGGCACCGUUAUCGUUCAGGCUUUCAGUGAUUCGAGUGACACAAGGGACUCUCCUCCCUCGGAGAAAGAAGAAACCGCCGCAAAGAGCGAGAAGAACGACGCGAGCUUCGGCAAAGAGAGUAACAGCAGGAUUCCCAAAAAGGGCUUCGUCGAGGUGACUGAGCUAACGGACAUCAACUAUAACAGUAACUUGGUACGCCUGAGGCCCGGUCACAUGAACGUGGUCUUGAUCCUGUCCAACUCCACCAAAACCGUCCUCCUCCAGAAGUUCGCCCUGGAAGUCUACACCUUCACAGGGAGCAGCUCGCUUCACUUCUCCUUCCUCAGCCUGGACAAGCACCGCGAAUGGCUGGAGUACCUGUUGGAGUUCGCACAGGACGCGGCCCCCAUCCCGAACCAGUACGACAAGCAUUUCCUCGAGCGCGACUACACGGGCUACGUCCUGGCUCUCAACGGCCACAAGAAAUACUUCUGCCUCUUUAAGCCUCACCGAUCGGGGGACGAGGGGGGAACCCUGGGAUCGUGCGAGGAUUACGAUUCCUCGCUACACACGGAAGCUAGAGGGAAAUCCUCCUGCAGCCCGGGAUCUAGAUCCCUUAAGAACAAAUUACACAAAUUGUCCUUUUGGAUGGAACGUCUCCUAGAGGGUUCCUUACAGAGGUUCUAUAUCCCCUCGUGGCCUGCGCUAGACUGA